UUAACCGUCCAUGGGAAAUUACGGCAGUGGCAGUCCGUGAGACUCACUGGUGAUAGGUUGAUCAGGCUGGGGACCUGUUCUCUUGGCCGAGUAGUGAGAGGUCACCAGCAAAUAUAAAUUCCGUGGUCCCGUCGGUUCCUUCCACGAAAUCAUCAGGCGCAUCGGUGGCUCGAUGUCUUUCUCUUCCGCUUGUUGUGCGUGGCUUCGGCCACGCAAUCCGUUCCUUACGUUCCUGUAUCUCGCUCUUUUUACCUUGUCCUUCUCUAUUGGCACCUCUUCCGCCGUCACGGUGCCCGUUCGGCUCUCCGCGAGCCCCGGGUAUCAGGGCCGGUCUGUUGCUUGUCCCGCCCGAUGUGCCGCCUCGGGCCCCAAUCCAGCCAACUGGUCCCUCUAUCACAAUUUUGACCAACUCGCCUCGUGCAAAGAGUCUCUCUUUUACUCCUUCUCCUUUGUUGAUCCUGUCGAUGACCCGGACAGCCUCCAUCGCAUCUACGCCUGCACCUCUUUCGGCCCCGAUUGGGCGAGUCUGCCGGCCAACACAUCAAGCCUAAAAUCACAGUCCGCAGGCGCCCCGGCCCCCGUGAAUGGUACAUAUCAGAUUGGAUCCUGGCCCUCCACUCCGGUCUCCUCAGUCUCAUCUUCUCUUGCCACCCUCAUCAAGCAGUUGCGCCAAUAUCUGUCUAAUGGGUUCGGCCGCGAGAAGCAUCCGACCAUUCUCUUCGCCAGCUAUGGCACGACCUCAGUUGGGCUCUACAUUGGCCAAGGUCUGCAGAGCCAGGGUAUUGGUAACAUCGUGCUGGCAUACCUGGAGAACUCCAUGGCAACAUCCAACGCUAGCCUUUCGGCGAGUGUGGCCAUGCAAUUCUGCCAGCCGGGUCAGACUUCUCACCACGUUUUUGGCCUGAUGGCCACAGGCAAUGGAACGUUUGCUGCCGUGCAAGAUGCCCUUAGCGCAUGGGCCCAGGCGGAAUGCUUGGCCUUUCCAUCGGUCCAAAAUGUCAGCGGCACUGUCCCGCUGGCGACGCCAUUGUUUCCUUCCUCCCCCAAGCCCAUCAGCACCAACUCCACCUCGACUUCUGCCAAUGCGACCUCUAUUCGGGGCAGGGCCCUCGCCCCUCGGACCACCUGUUCCACUGUGCAGGUCGUCUCCGGUGAUAGCUGCAGUACCUUGGCGCAGAAAUGUGGGAUCACUCCGGCUCAGUUCACCAAGUAUAAUCCCGAGUCGAACGAGUGCUCUUCUCUGACGCCGGGAGAGCACGUCUGCUGUUCGGCCGGCACGUUGCCUGACUUCGCUCCGAAGCCCCAGGCCGAUGGCACUUGUGCGACCUACACCGUCCAGCCAGAUGACAGCUGUUCCAAGAUUGCCGCUACAUACAGCAUCACCGUGGAUGAUAUCAACACUUUCAACAAGGACACAUGGGCUUGGAAUGGCUGCACGCGCCUCUACCCUCACAAUGUCAUCUGUGUCAGUACUGGCAAUCCGCCCAUGCCGGCGUCGGUCUCCAAUGCCAUUUGUGGGCCACAGGUCCCCGGCACCCCGACCCCUCCCAGUGGGAAAAAUAUCUCUCUGCUCAACGAGUGCCCGCUGAAUGCGUGCUGCGAUGUAUGGGGCCAAUGUGGUACGACAGCCGGGUUCUGCACGAAUACUGGCACGGGGGCACCUGGAACCGCGGCACCUGGCACCAAUGGCUGCAUCUCGAACUGUGGCACCAACAUCGUCCUAAGUAGCCCCCCUGCGACGUACCGCAGUAUCGGUUUCUACGAAGGUUUCAACCUGCAGCGGCCCUGCCUCUACCAGGACAUCUCUCAGCUGGACACCUCUGCUUACACCCACAUCUACUUCUCCUUUGGCGUGCUAUCCUCCUCUUAUGUGGUCCAGAUCCCUAACCUCACGACUACUUACGAGUUCAACCUGUUCAAACGACUCCAAGGCGUCAAACGUGUUCUGUCCAUUGGCGGCUGGGCGUUUUCCACCGACCCGAGCACUUAUAUGAUCUUUCGCGAGGGCGUCACUGCUGCCAAUCGUCUGACCAUGGCGACCAACAUUGCCAAUUUUAUCAAGGACAACGAUCUCGAUGGUGUCAAUAUCGACUGGGAGUAUCCGGGGGCACCGGAUAUCCCUGGCAUCCCUGCUGCUAGUACCGAUGAUGGUGACAACUAUCUCGCUUUCCUGGUUGUAUUGAGAAACCUCCUUGGGGAUGAAAAGGAAAUCACGAUUGCGGCGCCGUCAUCGUAUUGGUACCUAAAAGGGUUUCCAAUCAAGAAGAUGACCCCAUUCCUGGACUAUAUCAUCUAUAUGACCUACGAUUUGCACGGACAGUGGGAUGCCAACAAUCAAUGGUCACAGCUUGGCUGUCCUACUGGCAAUUGUUUACGUUCGGACGUCAACCUUACCGAAACAAUCGGCUCUUUAGUUAUGAUCACCAAAGCAGGUGUCCCCUCCAACCAGGUCGUUGUCGGCGUGACCAGCUACGGACGCUCAUUUGCCAUGGCUGAAGCAGGCUGCUACGGGCCUCAGUGCCAAUUCCUGGGCUCAGCCGAUGACUCGCAAGCUGCGCCUGGGCCUUGUACUCAAACUGCGGGUUACAUUGCUAAUGCCGAAAUCGAGGCUAUUCUCGCCAACUCUAGUCGGGUCACCGAGAGCUACAUUGACGUCGCUAGUGACACCAACAUCCUUGUUUAUGACGACACUCAAUGGGUCGGCUGGAUGAGUGAUGGCGUCAAAGCCACACGAAGGGCACUCUACAAGGACCUCGCCAUGGGUGGAACCACCGAUUGGGCCACCGACCUGCAAAAGUACAAUCCUCCCCCGUUCAUCGCCAAGAGCUGGGCUGCCCUCAUUGACGACGUCGUCCUGGAUAAAGAUCCCUAUGUAGAGGGUAACCGAACUGGCAACUGGACUUCCUUGACUUGUACGGAUCCGGCUAUUCAAGAUGCCCUGUGGAUGCCAUGCCCCCAGCGCUGGUCGGAGCUGGACGCUUCCAACGCGUGGUCCGAUGCCAUCAAUGUCUGGAAGAAUAUCGAUCAGCCGAGAAUGACGCCUGCCGAAGGGGAUUUCUCCUUGUCCAUCAUGAACACUUUCCAUGGUGGUGAAAAGACAAAUUGUGGACUGGUCAGCCCAGUUGGCAAUUGCAAUAACGCCGAAACGUGCGGAUGGUUCCAAGGUUUCGGCCAGGGCACCGGUGAUUCAGGUGCCGCAGCGAUGCUGAUCUAUAAUUCUCUCACGGUGAUCAACUCGGCAUACUCCCAAUUCUCUGCCGCCAUCAACGCAGCUGCAGGAACGUACAUCGACAACAAGCUCCAGGACUUUGAGGACACCUUCGCCCCGGUGCCUCCAGCUCCCAGCGACACGUGGAUAGACAUCUUGUUCAACCUUCUAGGUCUCGGUAUCACGGUGGUCGCCGCGCCAUACUUUGAGGGUGUCCUGACAGAUCUACCGGCACUGAGCUCCGCUCUGGGCGAUGCCGGCGCUGACGUUGCCGCUGAUGUUACCAAUGCCAUUGUGGCGUACGGAGCAUCGAUCGCGACUGACACAAUAUCCUCGAAAGCACCGGGCCAAUGGACCGCAUCUUCCCAGGAUACUUUCUCCGCCACUCUGGGAUCCGUAGUCGCCGGCUGGAGUGCCAUCGCUCAAGAUCAACUCUGGAACCUGUUCAAUGGAUCUGACGCCUCCAUCUCUCUCCUCACCACUCUGAUUGCCAAUGGUAAUCUCAUUGAGUGCAGCGGCGGCAGCGCAUCGGUAAGCGCGAAACCUGACUCCCAGACUAACGCCCAGAUUGAGAGCUACAUCAGCAAGGCCUUCUUUGGCUUCGCCAUCCCGUCAGUCUGGGAGGUCUCCGGCACCGCCGCCUUCGUCGUGGACUCGGGCUAUCCCUGCAGUGCGCAGAACCCUUUGACCGACUACAUGACCGCGGCCACCCAAGAGGCCACCUAUUCAUGCUACAAGGAUAAGCUGUACUACCUGGUCCAUCCCGAUGGAACGUGGCGGGGCUGUCCGAGUAACGACACCGAGACGAUCGAUUGCGUGGAUUGUGGCUCAGUAUCCCCAUCACCGUGCGACUACGCUACAUAUUUCACGGCUCCACCAGGACUGAGCUCCCUCGCCUCCGGAUUCUGGGGAAAUAUUACCUUGUCCGAUCUCAUCGAGGGGUCCGUCAGAACAUACGAGGCGAACGGCAAUGCCAACGGUGGACCCGUCGCCAACCCCUUGGACAAGGAUACUCUGCAAGAUCUUUCCAACCAAGACAUCACCACUCCUGGCUAUAUCCGCCUUCCGGUGUGCAGCCCCCAAGUCGCCUGGGCCUCGUGGUCCAACCCAUCCCAGUCCAACUCCAGCGCCCCGUACUACCCCUGCAACCCGUUGCAAGGCGUGACCAAGUGCAGCGGCUACACCUACCAGGACGAGACCUCCUCUGCCUCCCCGCUGGUAUCCGACUGUCAAACGAUUGUGAAAAACAUCCAGGGCACGAACGGCGAGUGGACUACUGGGAUCGGUCACCAACGCUCCAUUGCCAAGUUCGGCUCUUGCCAUUUUGGCGUCCAGAAUGUGGGUGUUACUGGCGACGUCACCUAUCAUACUGGCAGUCAGGAUAUCGUCAAUAUCAUCACUGAAUCGAUCUCGAAAUACGCCUCUGACGGUCGUGUCGGCGCGAAAGGGUAUAUGGAGUGCGGUGGUGAUGCCGGCAAUCAGAAGGUCGAGUGGGGUUUGUAUUAGUAGGAUUGCUUUGACAGUUGUUGGGGGUACAUGGGCACCCUAUCAUGCCCCAGCACGGUUGUGUUCCUUGCUUGGUCCCAGGACUGGGUUGCCCGAAAGCUGAAGCUGUGUUCGUACUCAUUUCAUGGCCAUUGUAUCACCAAUAUAAUUGUAUACUACUGCUCUCUAUCAAACUAUCAUAGUUCCGCUGAGCCCUAAUCCAGGCAACAUGGGUUGGCUACUGAUGAGAAA